GCCCAAAUCGCCGCCUCUGAUUCUCGUCUCUCUCUCAUCCCUUGGCCCAAAAGAACGACGACCCUCACAUCUGCUACACAAUCUCGUUCCUCUCUCCCUUCAUUGCCCAGAAAAACGAAAGCCAUCGCCGAUUCUCUCCUCUUUUUCUUGAGCGAACGACGAAACCACACACAAAAAAAAAAAAAAAAAAAAAAAGACAUUCGCCUUCACCCUCUCAGGAUGAAGGAAAUGCGGAGGAGCCGCUGGCGAGGGAAGGUUAUUUCGUCGAUGACGACUAGAUCUGGUUUGGGAUCGGGCCGCCGACGGCCGACGUCGUCAAUUACGGCUACAGGC